GUCUGAUCAGCUACGUUUUACAUGAAAAAUAUUUUGCUAAUGUUGACAUAAAUCAUAUAGUUUUAUUAAAAAGUGUUAUUAUUAUGACAUACCGUUAAAUUAAUCAAUACCAGGAUAAUAAUAGACUGUGUGUUUUUGUUUGAUCUAUUAUUGUCAUUUAAUAACAGUGGUUAACUUUACCUUACUACCCUGUUUACAAAGGGCGCGAAGGUCAGGUUACAUUUCUAAACUCCGGGAACUGUAUAUCGCUACGUGGAAAUGAAGGCAGACUCGCAGCAGAAAGAGCACUUCUCAGUUUAGUCCACUAGUCCACUCUGUAUCUGGAAGAAGCAGUAACAGCUAGAGCUUGAUAAAGUAGUGUUGCUGUGGCAGAGUGUCACAGCCUGCAGUAAAGAUGAACCACUGUGGGCCAUGGCUAUGCCAAAAUAAUCUCACGCUGCACAUUGAAGCAGUGAGGUGUGGCAGGAAUGACAUUUUUGAAGCAAAAAAUAAGCGUUUGUCAAGGAGUGAUUUCAACCACACAAAAAUAUAACAUUAUAACUAAAAAUGGUGUUUUUUAAAUUAUAUAUUGCAACGUUGACAGUCUGCGAGGUAAACGUCACCCACCUCCCUGCUGCAGGGAAUGGUUAAUGGAGGGUCAGCCUAUCAGGAAAGAGGACACUGAAUAAGGGGGCUAUGGAACACUGUAAAAGGUCUGUUUGGGGCUGGCGGGCUGACAUCAGGAGCGGUGGGAUUAGGGGCGCUAUGAAAGCAGCUGCACGCCCUCACCAUGAGGAGAGCGUUGAUAGUAAAUGAAGAGAUUGGUUAUCUCUGUGUACAGCACACAGUUGUUUUGCGUGGUCGAGGCCUACAGCGACCAAGUGCAUUGAGAAGCCUGUAACCAGUUCAUUGCAGCCUCUUCUGUUAUCAGUUUAAAAGGCACUGCCAGCUGCUACAGCACGUUCGGUUGGCACCCAGCAAUUGUACAAUAAAUAAACCGGGAACUGGAAACGGCAACAUCGUCUCUCUGGUCUCCUUCAGCAGUGAAACGUUACAAUAUAUUUAUUUUUUGUUAAAAACACAUUUCAUAACAUCUUAAAAUACAGCCAUUUGUUAAAGAAUAAAAAAAAAAAACAUUGAACAGUACGAUCAAUCUCCUGUACAUAAAAAUAAAUUAAACCUUCAUUUACUUACACCUAGACAGAUACAAAUGUCACAUAUUUAAACAAAAACAAGCUUUGCGUAUCUAAAAUAUAACUAAUGUGGCGUUUUGGUCCUGUAUCUUGAUUCCAUUUCCAGCGAACCCUCCCUUUAAUUUCAGAGUUUUGUGCAUAUAUCUACUUCUUUUCACAGUCUACCAAUUUCCUGUGGUGCUGGAUUAGGCUGGUUUUACUGUAAUAUGACAUGAGUUAUGCUUGUGUUAGCCAGCUCAGUGUCCUGUGCGUCUUUCAGUGGACGGUAGAGCCGUGGGUAUCAGGUGGCACAAUGCCGAAGAGGAGAGCCGUGGAGAGCCUGGUGAGUCUGUGUCUUAGCAGCGUGGCCGACAACAUGAAGGAGUGGGCUAGAGACUACGCUGACAACUACCUGGACCAGUACAGCUUCCUCUACAUCAUGGGCCCCUUCAACCAGCUCCCGGGGAGUCUGGUACAGGAGUUGCUGCGGUUGCUGUCAGAGUCUCAUCGUGUGAGCCGCGCGUACCUGCACCUGCUGCUGGUGCCUCACCUGAGUGCGCUCAGUCUGUCCGGCUGCUCCAGCAUCGUCAGCAAUGCCGUGGCCCAGCUCGUCGGGGCCCGGUGCCAGAGCCUCACCGCCCUGUGCCUGCGGGAUUGUAAGCGGGUGCAGCCGGGUGUGCUGGUGGACCUGGUGGAGUUGCUGCCGGGGCUGCGCAGUCUCGACCUCUCGGGGUCUCAGUGCAACACACAGGUCCUGUCUGCUGUGGGCUCCUCCUGCCCUGCCCUCCGCGAGCUCCACGUCUCCAGCUGCAGGGCUGUGACCUCUAGGGGGCUGCUGCACCUGGCCUUUGACCCCACACGGGGGCGCUCCACCCAUUCUCAGCUCCGCAGGCUGGCUGCCUCUAACAUUGACCCCAGAGGUGGGGUGGACAGCGUGGGGCCAGCCGCCUUCCUCCUGCUGGCUUUACCCCACCUGGAGCACCUGGAUCACAGCGGCCUGGUGGAGGCCUGCUCCCUGAUCUCCCGGCUUCACUUCCACACGAUCGACUGCUUCGCAACAAACGAAGGCUUCCCCUCUCUGAGCGAGCUGGUCCACAGCAGAGCAGGCGAAGGAGUGGACAGUGAGGCCAGCCCGGUCUGCUUGAACCUGAGGCAGAUGUCUGAGGUGGAAGCCGAGCUGCUGGGGACCCUGACGCCUGUGUGCAGAGAGGUGGUGGAGGCGUCUGUGCUCUGCGGAGAGGAGCUGGGAUCUGAUUGGGGUCUGUCACUGUGGAAGACCCUGACCCACCUCACUGUCCAGUCCACGGGGGUGCACAGCCGGCCCCUGAGGGACCUCCUACUCGCCCUGGAGGUCCUGGGGCCCAGCCUGCGCCUGCUAACCAUCCAGGACUUCUCUCUGGAUGACUCUCUGGAUCUGAUUCUGAGCUUGUGUCCGAACUUAAGGGUCCUCCACUGCCACCUCCAGCCCCCUGCCACCGCCCUGCACGAGGGCCACGAGGCUCAAGACUCUACCUUGGCCGUGGAGCUCCGACUACUGCACUUCAAGGACUUCUUUCUGGGGUUCCCUCCCUGCUCCCCCGGGCUCUCCGCGCAGACCUGCGCUGGCCUCCAGGGGGCCCUGGCCUCGCUGCUAGCUGGCGCCCCCCAGGUAGAGAGGGUCUCCCUGCACGGCCUGCCCUUCUCCCUGGACAGGGUGCUCUGCAAGGCCCUGGAGGGACCCGGGGCCCCCCUGUGCCGCCUGCAGCACCUCAGCCUGGCACACAGCAGCGUCUCUAUGAGCACCGUCCUGGGGCUGAUGGACCAGGGGAACCAGCUGAGCAGACUGGACCUGAGUGGCUGCCAGGAGAUCUACCGCAGAGACUUCGACCGGCUGGAGAGCUUGGCCAGGGAGAGGGGCUACGACCUGCAGAUCACCUGGAGCUGAGGCCCCAAGGCUGGGGGGCAGCAGUCAGUUAAAGAUGAAGGGUUAAGAGCCAGUGUUUUGGUCUGUUUUUGGUGUUUAUCGCUUCGGGUCUGGAAAGCAAAGUGUUAUUGUGGUUAGAUCUGAGGACUGGGAGCCAGGAGGCAGUGUGGUCUAGUGGUUAUCUAACUUGAAUAAAGCAUAGCUGAAGUAAAGAAAGUAUAUCAGAAGAGGUGUUUAAUCUUUAGGUGUGCUGUUUUCAGUACUGCAAGCUGUGUGUUAUCCCUGUGGUUACAUGAAACCAAAAAGGGGGUUCCUGCCAAGCAAAUGCAGAGCACCUGUAUGGGAUUUCUCUACUUUGUUUUUUAGAGAUCACUUGACUUGCUAAAUAAAAACGAACUGAUCUGAGUCUUACAGACUGCUCAGAAGAUCAUGUGGUACUUUACUAUAUUCAAGGGUUGGCCGAUUUAAAUCAAGUCGAUUAAAAUCACUGAUUUAAAUCAUUGGAUUUAUAAAAAAUCAUUGAUUUAAAUCAUUGUUUCAUUUACUACCUAUUUUAUAUAGUUUCUCAAGGAAAAUACAUGAAAGGUAUGUUUUAAAAACCUUUUAUUAACACGAACAUCUUAAACCCUUACUGUCUAUAAACUAAAACUCUUAGGGCUAUCUUCUGAUCACAGAGCAAAUGUGAGUACGUAAAAAAAAAAAAAAAAAAUACUGCACUGAAAUGGUAUUCUGAAGACAUGUCUUGCCCCGUUAUAGAGCAUUAUAGAGAUUAUAACAUCUGUUACAGAAAGACAGUGAUUCUUGGUGGUAAAUCUCCCUCCCGACUUGUGAGAGCACUAAGUAACAGGAACAGAAUACUCU